ACCUCGCUUUCCCCCUAAUCCGCACCGGAGAGAAGGGGAAUGAGAGCAAAGAGGGUGGGUGAGGACAGGUAGGGAGAGUCAGUCUGCCACAAUGGGACUUUGACCUCUGUGUGUGCUGGUGCAGAGAGUCGAGUCCUGCCCUAGUUCUAGAUAAGGAGAAAGAGGGAGGAUACAGAGAACUAUAGUGAGUAAGGGGAGGGUAGAAGUGUCAGAGAGGAAGAAAGUGUGGCUGAAAAGGCUGUAACUCCCUGCCCGUUGAGGCUGUUACGGUUAGACAGCUGGAGAAACAGCCACAUGCAGGGGGAGAACUUCCUGCUUCCUCCCAAGCCAAUAAUUCAGUUAGUACCGCCCUUUAAAAGAGACAGGCCACACAUUUCCCUUCUCCUCACUAACAGAAAAGCAUGGCAAAUGACCAUACAGCUACUUUGUUUGUCUAUGUUAAUGUUUGACUUCACCCAUAAGAAGCAGUCUGGUGGUUCUGGGCAGUACGGUAAAGUGAUAGUUUUCUUGGUCCAGAGGUUCAAGAACUCCUACACAAAAGUAGAGUUUGAAGACCAGACUGUUGGAACCAACAUCCCCAAACAGUUUGUGCCGGCUGUUGAGAAGGUGUGCAUGCCUGGCUGUAGUCUGAAUCACAUAGGCCCUUCAGGAUUCAGAGAGGCCUGUGAGAAAGGCCCUCUGACUGGUCACAAGAUCUCAGGUGUCAAGUUCCUAUUGGAAGACUGGACUCGAAUGAGAUCUCCAUCCGUGCAGGGGAGGGCGCUCUUAAACAAGAUUCCACUGAAUUACAUGUUUGGUUACGCCACAGAGCUCCAGUCCUGUAAGGCGCUGGCUCCUCUAGUCGGAUGUCAAGACGUCAAUUAGUCAUAAAAAUGGCCAAGAUAUCAAGCCAUGCACUUUCAGUCAUAUUGAAUUGAGUUUGUAUUUGCUCAUUUUUUCUGUUAAUUUAUUUGGACUAAAGUUAUUGCUCAGUCUAUGAUCCUUUCU